AUGUGGCAGCAACCCACGUGCUUGUCCCAUCCAACUCUUUCCCUUCCCGGGGCGCCGCCAGUGAACGCUGCCCAUGCCCGCAGGUCGAGCACGGAGCUGCGCAAGGAGAAGUCCCGGGAUGCAGCCCGCAGCCGGCGCAGCCAGGAGACCGAGGUGCUGUACCAGCUGGCGCACACGCUGCCCUUCGCGCGCGGGGUGAGCGCCCACCUGGACAAAGCCUCCAUCAUGCGCCUCACCAUCAGCUACCUGCGCAUGCACCAACUCUGCGCCGCAGGGGAGUGGAACCAGGUGGGAGCAGGGGGCGAACCACUGGAUGCCUGCUACCUGAAGGCCCUGGAGGGCUUCGUUAUGGUGCUCACCGCCGAGGGAGACAUGGCUUACUUGUCAGAGAAUGUCAGCAAACACCUGGGCCUCAGUCAGCUUGAGCUGAUCGGACACAGUAUCUUUGAUUUUGUCCAUCCCUGUGACCAAGAGGAGCUUCAGGACGCCCUGACUCCCCGGCAGAGCCUGUCCAAAAAGAAGCCGGAGGCCCCCACCGAGCGGUGCUUCUCCUUGCGCAUGAAGAGCACCCUCACCAGCCGCGGGCGCACCCUCAACCUCAAGGCGGCCACCUGGAAGGUACUGCACUGUUCUGGACACAUGAGGGCCUACAAGCCCCCUGCACAGUCUUCCCCGGCCGGGAGCCCCCACUUGGAGCCCCCCCUGCAAUGCCUGGUGCUAAUCUGUGAAGCCAUCCCCCACCCUGGCAGCUUGGAGCCCCCGUUGGGCCGGGGGGCCUUCCUCAGCCGCCACAGCCUGGACAUGAAGUUCACCUACUGUGAUGAGAGGAUUGCGGAGGUUGCUGGCUACAGCCCCGAUGACCUGAUUGGCUGUUCUGCCUAUGAGUACAUCCAUGCGCUGGACUCAGAUGCAGUCGGCCAGAGCAUCCAUACCUUGCUGAGCAAGGGCCAGGCAGUAACGGGGCAGUACCGCUUCCUGGCCCGGAGUGGUGGCUACCUGUGGACCCAGACCCAGGCCACAGUGGUGUCGGGGGGCCGGGGCCCCCAGUCUGAGAGUAUCGUCUGCGUCCAUUUCCUGAUCAGCCGGGUGGAAGAGACCGAAGUGGUGCUGUCCCUGGAGCAAACGGAGCGACACUCUCGCAGACACGUUCAGCGGGGCACCCCCUCUCAGAAGGAUGCCCCUAAUCCUGGUGACAGCCUUGACACCUCUGGUCCCCGGAUCCUAGCCUUCCUGCACCCCCCUGCCCUGAGUGAGGCCGCCCUGGCCGCUGACCCCCGUCGUUUCUGUAGCCCUGACCUCCGUCGCCUCCUGGCACCGAUCCUGGAUGGGACUUCAGUAGCCGCUACCCCCAGUGCACCCCCAGCCCCACGACGCCCCCGAAGUCCUCUUCCGGCUGAUCUCCCAGAUGAACUACUUGUGGAUGUGGAGAAUGCACACAAACUCUUCGCCUCUGGGAAAGACCUUGAGGCAGUGGAGACAGAUCUAGAUAUAGCUCAGGACGUCGAUGCUCUGGACUUGGAGAUGCUGGCCCCCUACAUCUCCAUGGAUGAUGACUUCCAGCUCAACUCCAGUGAGCAGCUACCCAGGGCCUACCACAGACCUCCAGGGGCUGUUCCCCGGCCCCGUGCACGGAGCUUCCACGGCAUGUCGCCCCCAACCCCUGAGCCCUCCCUGCUGCCCCGCUGGGGGAGCGACCCCCGGCUGAGCUGUUCCAGCCCCUCCAGAGGGGACCCCUCAGCAUCCUCCCCCAUGGCUGGGGCUCGGAAGAGGGCCCUGGCCCAGAGCGCAGAGGACGAGGCAGAGGGGGUGGAGCUGCUGGGAGUGAGACCCCCCAAACGGUCCCCCAGCCCAGAACCCGAAAACUUCCUGCUGCCUCCCCUCAGCCUGAGUUUCCUUCUGACAGGAGGACCAGCCCCAGAGAGCCAGCAGGAUCCCAGCACCCACCUCCUAGAACUGAAUGAGCCCCUGGGCCUGGGCCCCUCCCUGCUCUCUCUCUACCCGGACGAGGACACCGCCCAGCCCAGGAGCCACUUUCAGCCAGCGGCAGGCUUGGCCCAGGCCAACUGAGCCAGGUCCUCUUCCCACCUCCCUUCUCCCCCCACAAGAAAGGACGUCAAUCAUACUCCAAGCCGGCAGCCAAUGCACAGGACGGAGGU